UAUUUCUCAACUCCUUUUUGUUUGUUCUUGUAGAGUUUGUAUAAAUGGAUCGUCAAGAAUCAAGUACUAAGAUAUUUGAGAAGUUCACAUGGAAGAUUGAGAACUUCUCUCGCUUGAAUGAUGAGAAGAUAUACUCUGAGCCUUUCAUCAUUUGCGGCUAUCCAUGGGGAAUUAAUCUCCGUCCAAAGGGGAAAAAUGGAGAUGACAACUUAUAUAUUUAUUUGGAGGCUAUGCAAACUUCCAAUAUGUCUGAAGGAUGGAGCAGAAAUGUGGAAUUUAAGAUUCUUUUAUACAAUCAAGUCGACACCAAUAGAACAAUCGUAGAAGAAAAAUGUCGGGUGUUCAAUGAAAUUAAGAAUGCUAUUGGUUACAAAUUUGUGAAGUUAUCCGAGCUUCAGGAACCUAGGAAUGGUUAUCUUGUGAAGGAUACUUGUAUUGUUGGUGCUGAAGUUCUUGUUUAUAAUGCAAAACUUGAGAAACCAGUGAAAUUGGAAGUCCCAAUGUCAAAUCUGAAAACUAUUUCACCAGUUGAUGCAGAGUUGUUCUCACCCACAAUUGAAGAAGUUAUGAAUUGUAAUACUGUAGCAAAAUUUGAGGAAGUAUGUUCCGAUAAUCGUUCUCUUGUUGAUCGUCCAAGAAAGAGAAGUCGGAAGUUUAAUGAUUUGGCAUUUGCCGCAUUGGGGAGAGUUCUUUAUUUCCUUAAGAAUGGAAAAGUGAAAGACAUGAAUGACAAAACUUGUAAGGAACUUCAAGUUUUAUGGGAUGAACUUAAGAAAUUUAAAUUUGAUCUUACUUGGCUAGAGCCGCGAGUUCAAUAUGCUUUAGUAUUGAAAAGUUUCGUGGAGAAAGCUAUACAAGUUGAAAAAUUGAUGGAUAAUAUUGUACUUCUAGUGCUGGAAAUGGCGAGACUAAAAGCAAAAUUGGCUUUUGUUGAAGUAAAUGUGGACAUAGAAAGAGACUUGUUGAAAACAAAAGGCAUCGAAGACAUAGAUUUGGAUUCUCAAUUGGUGUCUGGGACUGGGAGUAGAGAGUUUGGAGAAACGGAGCAAGAAAAAUCUAGUGUUGAGAAGUUUGAGAAAUUUACAUGGAAGGUUGAAAAUUUCUCUCGUUUGAAAACUGGUGAGGUUUACUCAGAGCCUUUUGUCAUAGGCGGCUAUCCAUGGAAAAUCUGUUUGUUAAGGGACGACGUUUUAGGUGGUGGCUUAGCAAUAUAUUUGGAGGCUGUGGAAACUGCUAAUAUGUCUGAGGGGUGGAGCAGACAUGUCAAAUUUAAGUUAGUUGUAUUCAAUCAGCUCAAUACCAGCAUGACAAUCACAAAUGAUUUCGGUGACUGUGAGUUCAAUGCAAGUGAGAGUUAUUUGGGUUUCGACGAUUUCAAUAAGUUAGACAAGCUUCGUGAUCCUAACAAAGGGUUUAUGGUGGAUGAUGCUUGUAUUGUUGGAGCAGAAGUUUAUGUUCGUAAGUCAACAAAUGAGACUCGAUUAAAUCAAGCAGCUAACUUUAAUGCUUCCCUAACAUUUGGAAGUCAAAUAAGCCACAUGGAAGAGGAAGUCCAAAGGCAAAAUCAAGGAUUUCAUUUUCAAUAUCUGAAAAGUUUUUCACCAGUUUCAACACUAUUUUGCAUUGAACCUACUAAUCCUAAUGAUGUGGAAAUGUUCUCACCCUCGAAUGAAGAACUUGUGGAUUUCAGCAGUGUUGAACAAAUAGAAGAAACUGACAAUCCUUCACUCGUUGAGCACCUGUCAAAGUCAAAUCACAAUUUCGCAGAUUUUGCUUUUGCUGCAUUGGGGAGAGUUCUUUAUUUCCUGAAGAAUAGAAAAGUGAGAGACAUGAAUGAGCAAGCUUGUAAGGAUCUUCAAGUUUUAUGGGAUGAACUUCAGAAAUUUAAAUAUGAUCUUACUUGGAUUGAGCCACAAGUUCAAUAUGCUUUAGGAAUGAAAAGUUAUGUGGAGAAAGCUUUGCAGUUAGAGAAGUUGAAGGAGAAUAUGGUAGCUCUACAACUGGAAAUGGAGAGGCUAAAUGCAAAAUUGGUUGGUGCUAAGGUAAGUUUUGACAUAGAAAAAGAUUUGUUGAAAGCAAAAGGCUAUGAAGAGAGAGAUUUGGAUUCUGAAUUGGGAUAUGGGAGUUGGAGACCAUAGAUGUAUAGCUAAUUAUGGGUUGAUUUCAAUGUCUUCAA